AUGAUGAGGCAGGAAGAGGAAGAAAAGGAUGGGACCAGACUGAAGGCAAAAGGAGACUUAGAGAUGCAGGAGGAGGAGGAGAUCCGUGAGACGGGAGAACUGGUUGGGUCUUUUACCAGUGCCUUGCCCGCCUCAAUGCCCCAAAACAGGGGGACCCGGUUUUCUGAGGCAUGGGAGUAUUUUCACCUGGCCCCUGCUCGUGCUGGGCACCAUCCCAACCAAUAUGCCACCUGCCGUCUGUGUGGCAGGCAGGUGAGCCGUGGCCCUGGGGUCAAUGUGGGCACCACAGCCCUGUGGAAGCACCUGAAAAGCAUGCACAGGGAAGAGCUAGAGAAGGGUGGCCAUGCACAGGCAAGGCAGUGCCAGGACUCAAGGCCUCAAGGGCCUCAGCUCCCCGCAGGCAUUGAGGGCGACUGGGGCAGGCUCUUGGAGCAGGUGGGUACCCUGGCUUUGUGGGCAAGUCAGAGGGAAAAGGAGGUGCUUUGGGGGGAGAGGGCAGUGGAAUGGCGAGAGAGGGCAGUGGAGAGGAGGGAGCGAGCCCUGGAGGAGGUGGAAAGGGCCAUCCUGGCGAUGAAGUGGAAGGUGAGGGCUGAGAAUGAGGCACACCACAGGGACAAAGACCCGCCUGCAGCAGCACUUCCCUUCCAUUUUGUCUAA